AUGUGUCUCGACGCAAACGCGUUCCCUCAUAUCCUCGACGCAGUCAUUGACGCGUGCGAUACCGGCAGCCUUAUCGCCCUCCGGCCCGUCUCUCAAUCUCUCUGUGCGCGUGUCGACGCCCUCCUCUUCGCGCACAUUGUCGUGACUUACGCGCCCUCCCGCCUCCGCUCUUCCCAAUCAGGACCCGGCGAGAUCAUCUUGACCACGCCGUGCGGCCACAGCCUCCCUACCCCACCACUUCCCACUCUGGCAGGAUCCUGCGCAUCUCUCAACUCCACCCUCCGCCCUAUGUUGCGACACACCCGCGCCGCAACCAUUCGGUCCAUGAGCCUCAUAGCCGCAACGACCCUCGCUCCGCUCCUACCCCGUCUCGAGGUUGUCCACCGGUUUGCUGCACAGCCCUGGGACAGCCCGCUCCUCAAGGCCAAGAUGUAUGUUGACCACGUCGACUUUGGCCGCCCCGCAAUGCCCGGCGGUAUGCCCCUCGGCUACGUACCAGACGACCUUGACGCGCUCGUGUUCCGCUUCUCCAUCGACACGGCGCAUUAUCCUCCACAUGUCGAUCACCCUCCAUUUCCUGGUGGUGGUGCACCUGAACGCCUUCCCGUGAUCGAGGAGCUGGACCCGCCGCAUAUUCCCACGAUCACAGUCGUCGCGGACCCAAUGGGGCCGAUGUGGGCGAACUGCGCCGCGUUUACGGGAGCUGUGACCCGGCGACUGUGCCGCGCGCAUCCUCGAUCCCUUACUCUCGUCGCGUUCGACGAGCUCGGCUCAGCCAUCCCUACCGCAGAUUACAAACUUGACGACUACGGCGACGGUAUGGACGUCGAGACACGCGCCGGGUUAAUCGAGUACGCGCAGUGGGGCCUCAACAGGGCGCAAGUGGAGGUGCGGAAGCUCACCAUCCUUAGCAGGGCAGAGUGGGAGGCAGGGCUUAAUGACCUUGAGCGAUUAGAGGGGCCUCGUGGGCGGGCCGUGGUUGUUCAUACCUAA